GAAAAUUUCCCGGCGUCGAGUCCAAGCAAUGGAACUCUCCGGCGUUCUCCUCCGGCAGGUUCCAUGCUUGUCUGGCGCUGGAUUUGAUAACCAGUCUUUAAUAUCAUCCUCCACCUCUGGUCUGUGCGCAGAUGCCGGAAGUUCGUUCUCCGGCAACCUCCGUUUUCCUGGUUCUCGAGAUGCCAAGGUUUUUCAGAGAGCUAGAAGGCUUUCAGCCUAUUCGGUUUCUGGGUUUUCCAAUGAUGGUCAUUUGCAGUAUUAUGUAUCACCGAGAUCAGGCGGGAACAAGAAGGAGAAAAGUUCAGAAAUGGCAACAAUGAAGAAAUCAAAAUUGCUCAAAGAAUUGUCGAGGGACUUGUUGAUGUUUUCUGGAACGGGUUUUGGUUUGGAGGUUGGAAAUGGUAUUGUUACAGAAGAUAACGGGAAAAUGAUCACGGAAGCAGCAGAGGUUUUAUUGGCACAACUACAACAAUUAAGAGCCAAAGAGAAAGAGAUGAAGAAAAAACGGAAGCAAGAGAAAGCCAGGCUAAAAGCCACACAGAUGAAAACCAAAACCAGGGCCCAAUGCGAAUCUUCUGGGAGUUCUUCAGAAUCAAGUGACAUCGAAUGUGGAGAAGUUGUUAGCAUGAAGAUGAGCCGCCUGAGAGACAGAGCUCUCGUAGAAACAAAACUAGAUGCGUCAAAACAGGACACAAGUGCAGUGUUAACUACCCCAAGUUUGCUGAUUCAGGAAAAUAGAGCAGAGGGAAUAGAGAAGAUUGAAGACUGCAGCAUACAAACUUGCAGCAGGCAAGGAUGCUGCAACCAAAAGGAUAGUGGUGGUUGUAGCAAAGUUAGCAGUAAUGAUUACCGCCGAAGUAAGCCGGUAGUUGUUGGGGAGGCAUCAACCGAGAGAAUUGAAGUUUGCAUGGGUGGUAAGUGCAAGAAAAUGGGUGCAGAGAUGCUGUUGGAAGAAUUUGGAAAGAGGGUUGGUGUCGAAGGUGUUGUUGUUGGCUGCAAGUGCAUGGGCAAAUGCAGGGAAGGUCCUAAUAUAAGGGUUUUUAAUCAAUUAGGCACAGAGGAAGUGGAUGAUGGGCGUCCAAGCAAUCCUUUGUGCAUUGGUGUAGGCCUGGAGGAUGUGGGUAUGGUUGUGGCAAAUUUCUUUGGGGAAGAGAGAAAGGAUCUUGGUCUUGCAACCCGAAUGUAAAUUACCCUAAACAAAUUAAGUAAUCAAAUGAAUUACUUGUUCAUUAUGUAGUCCUUUGAAUUUGUGCAACUUUUCCUCUUUCAUGUUCUUUCUUUUGGGUAAAAUUUCACUGAUUAUUUCUUCAA